UUGGAUAUUGAUGUACUUUACCUUGAAAGGAAAAAAUAUAACAUAUCGUGUUAAGUUGGGAUUAGGUUAAGUUGGGAUUAAUCACCUAGUGGCUAUGGAUUUUUUAAAAAAAUGACAAUAUUGAAAUUGAAUUACGAAAUCUCACCUACUUUACGUGAUAUUUCGAAAUCCAUUAAUAUUUACAUUCAAAAGUUGAUUUAACGACAAAACAUACCACAAAAUGUCUUAAAACUUUAAAGCAUUUUGGACUAUGUGUAAGUUAUUCGUCAACGAGAUCUGAAUCAAUAAAACAUUGUAAGUUGAGUCAAAUUCACAAUUCAAUCGAUAUGCUAUGAAUAAUGAACUAUAACUUAAUUCGUACGUACUUUAUAUGUAUUGUAUAAUAUACCCUACGGUGCUCCUCGACCACUUCGUACUAGCCAACAUCUCAUGUCAACCUAUUGUUAUGUGUUGACAGAAAGAAAACACGAAGACGAAAACCAACAAACUGACAGCAGUAGUCAAAUACGACACAAUACUUAACUAACACAAUUCGUUUUUCACCAAUAUGCUAAAUCGUAACCUAAUUUAAGCACAAAACGAUGUUCAACUAAAAGUUCACCCAUAUUGGGAUCAUGUAUGAUUCUUGGAAGAUGACAAAUACAACUCAUUUUCAACACUCGUGAAUAAUUAUACGAUGGUUGAUCACUUUCUUUUUUAGCUAUGAGGUCAGAAAUUUGAUCACUACCUAUUGGAAUAGAAUCACUCCAUAACCAACUAUUUACCACUUCACGUAAUCACAUGGGCCAGAAAACAAUGGGCUUCAAUAUGAAGUAGCCGAACGAAUGGGCCCUCAAAAUAGGAGAGAAGCCCAGCCCGCAGUCACCAUCAGAAAAUUUCCCUCGCUCGCUGCUGUUACACUCAGACGGAUCAUCAAAAUCGUGGAUAAGGAAAUUCGGUCGCUGCUCAUCCGCCAGUCUCGCCGGUCGAAAAAAACUCCGCCGCCGUGGUAGCCAUGGCUGGAAUUACCAGCACGGGCAGAUUUCCCUUCACGCCCCUCCCUACCGCCGGGAAAUCGGCCACUCCCUUGUCUUCCCUCGACUCCAAGCUCUUCGGCAUCAGGUUCCAUUGCUCCCCUCUGUGCCGAGCAGAGUCACUAAUCUCCUCUCCCAGGACAUUCCCUGGCUCCGCCGUGGUCACUGCCCGUUACGGCGGCGGGGGAGGAGGCGGAGGCAACCGUUCGCGGCAGAGCGAGCCUGAUGAUGAACAGGCUCUUGACAUUUCUGCAGUUCGGUCUGCUACUGUGAGGCUCAUCGACCAGAAGCAAAAUAUGGUUGGGGUGGUAUCGAAAAGUGAAGCUAUUCGGAUGGCUGAAGAAGCUGAGCUUGAUUUGGUUGUGCUGUCUCCAGAAGCAGAUCCUCCGGUCCUCAGAAUCAUGGAUUACAACAAAUAUAGAUAUGAACAACAAAAGAAGAAGAAAGAUCAGCAGAAGAAAAGUGCAGCGAGUCGAAUGGAUCUGAAGGAGCUUAAGAUGGGUUAUAGCAUCGAUCAACACGAUUAUGGUGUACGGCUGAAAGCGGCUAGAAAGUUUUUGCAAGAUGGUGAUAAGGUUAAGGUGAUCGUAAAUUUGAAAGGUCGUGAAAAUGAGUUCAGAAACAUUGCCAUCGAGCUUCUCAGACGUUUCCAGAAUGAUGUUGGGGAGCUGGCAACUGAGGAGAGCAAGAAUUUGAGGGAUAGAAACAUAUUCAUUACUUUGGUUCCAAAUAAGGCUAUUCAACAAAAAGGUCAGGAACCUCCCAAGAAGAAAGAUAAGCCAUCUGCUGUAAAUGAAGUGCCGGCCGUGUAAGUUAACAAGAAGGAAGAGUUUUUAUCUAUGAAGCAGAGGCUAAAAGGUGUAUUGGAAUCCAUCUGCUGGGUGUAGAAAACUCAGCAACUGUACAGCUACUGUACCAUAGCACAAUUCGGAUCAACUUGGUGAAUGCAAGUGCAUAACUUCCCAGAGAAAAAGAGAGGCUUUCGAAGCUUCCCUCCUUAUAAAGUAUCUUGGUGGUGGGUUGCUGGGCAGAUAGUGGUUUCCAUGGCUGACAGCUGAGGUUUCAUCAAGGUUUUUCGUGAUGCAAUAUGUUCAUUAAGAAAAAUGGUACAGUGGUGACAUUCUCCCUUCCUUUGAUUCGAACUGAUAGGACUCUGAAAAUGUACCAAUGUACUCUGUGUACCAUCUAUCUCACAUGCCUAUGGCCCAAUGUUAAUCUUUCUCCAUCAAAAUCUGCUCAUGUUAAAUGGCCUGGAUUAGAACAGGGUGCCAACAUAGGCUUGUGACUCGUCGGGUAUACCAUAUACGCUUUGUUAAUGAGCGUUUGGUUCGGCGUAUUUGAAAGUAUGUCUGCCAAUUUGUUCUGCACGUUGUUAGGUGAUGUAAUUUGAAAAACCGCGCGAGACUAUACAAUGCACUUCUUCGAACACCUCCUCGAACUAUCGUUACAUCUGCGAAAUGUGAUAGUUUAGUCACUGUAAGAGUAGGAGAAGAUGAUCCAUCUGGAUGGGGAGACUCCAACUCACUCAACCAACGAAAUGACUUUCUGAGUUGAGAGUUUGGGAGCCACUGACUUGGCUUUGAAGUUGCUCCAUCUCCCGUUAAUAUUGCCUCUCACACUUUCGGUUUCCCAGUUAGAUCCACGUUGGGUUUUCUUGACAAUACUGCUCCACAGCCUGGAAAGCAACCAUUUCAACUCUGUUGGUAAAAGCUUUGUUUCCUCGAUCUAGAGUUUCGAGAUUCACCUUUACUUCGGCUAACAAAUUUCUCACAAAAAGAAGAAGCAUUUGGUUGACAGUGACACUCACCAUAGCUGAAGCUGAAUUCUACCAACACUUGUAAUAUGCGACUGGAAUAAAGGAGCCGUAAGCCGUUGUGUGAAAGACGCUUAGCAGUAAAAUAGAAUGAGGGGAGAGAGGAACCGAAUGUUAGUUGGCGCGAAAAGGAGAAAGAAAAAAGGAAAACAGCGGAAGCUUAACUUGACGGCAAUGGCGACUCUGCAACCAACUGAAGAAACUCAUCCAACAUUA